AUGAGAGCCCCCCUCAAUGCCCUUCACCAACUCGCUGGUACCCUAAACCCUACUACCCCCGCGCAAACCUCUGUUCCUCCUCCACUUUCCACCAACAGAGCUUCCGCCAGGCAGACACCCCGUGGUGCAUAUUCAGGUGCCAAUGCUGCUCCCGCGACUCCCCACGCUCUACGCGCGCUUCAAAGACGUGCAGCUACGCAUACUCCGGGGCGGGAUCGGAGGAAAAGCGGACGGAUGCAGCGAGAAACGCCCAUGGAUGUCCUGAGGAACUUGGGAAAAGUACUGGCUCCUACCACGAGACCAGUGUCAUCAUCACCACAAGAAGAGCCAGAGAAACCGCCGCCGCAGCCAAUCGAUGAUCUUGAUGAAGAACCCGAUCUUCCAAGGCCUAGGCUUUCACUGCCUCUCACGGAAAUGAUUGUACAAGGCGACGGGAGUCCAGAUAUUCAACCUCCUAGACUGUCACUGGCUAUCGAGGAGGAUGUCGAUCAAACUUGGAGAUCAAUUGAAAUGCCAAGACGAGAUCGGAGCAUACAAGAUCGAACAACUCUUUCCAGAGUUAGCAUGGGGAGCAACCGGUUCAGUGACCACUUUGGUGACCUCAGCAGAAUGGAAGAUCUAGAGGAGGAGGAAGCAGAGUAUACGAUAGUUCAAGGAGAUGAUGAAGAUGACCAUGGACAAGAUACGGGACUUGUUUUCGACGCAGGCAUUGUCGAGGAAGGUGGCAUUGAGCUUGCAUUCCAAGACGACUUUUCCAGACCAGCGCCUCCUUCGAGCAGUCCGGAGCCAGCACCUCAAGUGAUGGUGAAAGGUAACAAGCGACAAAAGCUAUCACGACACGGCAUUCCCGUACCACAGCUGCCCUCCGGUAUCAUAAAAAAACUAGCCACCCGGUUUGCCCGGACUGGAGGUGGGGGAAAGUCUAGAAUCAGCAAGGACACCCUGGCUGCGAUUGAGCAGGCUACCGAAUGGUAUUUUGAGCAGGCGAGUGAUGACCUCUCGACAUACGCGAAACAUGCGGGCAGAAAGACCAUCGAUGAGACGGAUGUCACGACACUCAUGAGAAGACAACGGCAUAUUGGCAAAAACACUACAAUGUUCGCGCUUGCCCAAAAACAUCUGCCGAAAGAGCUUCUGCAUGACAUCCGGCUUCCAAAACGCUGA